ACAAAAUGGGCUGUGUCACUGCAUGGCUCGCUUCACAGCUUGGUUUCACCAUUCCUGGAUGAGUAUUAAGUGGAGUGACUGGCCAACAUGUCUCUCAAGGAAGGAAGGUGUGCAGAAGAAAUGGGCUGCCUUGAAGGAGAAGUUGGGUUCUCAGGACUCCGAUCAGACGGAGGCCAACCUGGAGAACGCAGAGCCGGAGCUGUGUAUCCGCCUCCUGCAGAUCCCAUCCGUGGUGAACUACUCAGUCAAGAAGCGGCUGGAGAGCAGCGACGAUGGCUGGAUGGUCCAGUUCCUGGAGCUCUGCGGACUGGAUCUCCUGCUUGAGGCCCUGGACAGGCUUUCCGGGAGGGGGGUCUCCAGGAUAUCGGAUGCCCUGUUGCAGCUGACAUGCAUCAACUGCGUGCGAGCAGUCAUGAACUCAGAGGGCAUUGAGUACAUCGUGAGUAAUGAAGGCUACGUCAGGAAACUCUCCCAAGCACUUGACACCUCGAACGUCAUGGCAAGAAGCAAGCGUUUGAGCUCCUGGCCGCUCUCUGGCAUUUACUCAGUGGAUGGUCACGCUCUGGCGUUGGACGCCCUGGAUCAUUACAAGACGGUGAAGAACCAACAGUACCGUUUCAGCGUCAUCAUGAACGAGCUCUCGACCACAGACAACGUGCCCUACAUGAUAACACUCCUGAGUGCCAUCAACGCGGUCAUCCUGGGGACGGAAGAACUGAGAGCUCGGACGCAGCUCCGCAAUGAGUUCAUUGGUCUCCAGUUGUUGGAUAUUUUAACCAAGCUGAGGUGA